GAUACCAGAUAUCAGCUCUUCAUGUUGCGGCCGACACAACGAGCAUCAUGGAUUGGUUUUGCAAUGGCAUAUCAUUUACUAAAAGAUUACGAUAUGGCUUUAAAAAUUCUAGAAGAAUUUCGAAAAACACAAACGAAGCGUGGGUAUGAUUACGAACAUAGUGAAUUACUACUCUAUCAGAACACAGUAUUACAAGAAGCUGGAAAUUUAGAAGAAGCAUUGCUACAUCUAGAAAAAUAUGAAGAUCAAAUUUGUGAUAGGUUAACUAUUAUGGAAACCAAAGCCAAUUUAUUGCUAAAAUUACACAAGUAUCACGAAGCUGAGAAGGUAUUUAGAGAAUUAAUUAAUAGGAAUCCAGAAAAUCAUGCUUAUUAUAAAGGUCUAGAAAAUGCUUUAAGGCCAGAAUUAAUAGAAGAUAGAUUGAAAAUUUAUAGGGAAUAUCAAUUAAAAUAUCCUAGAGCUCAAACUCCUAGAAGAAUUCCUAUUAGUUUUACAAUGGACGAGCAGUUUCGUAGUUUAGUCGAUCAAUACAUGAGGAAAGCAUUACAUAAAGGUGUUCCUCCCUUAUUUGUAGACUUAAGAUCGUUAUAUUCUGAUCCGAAAAAGGUUAAAAUUAUAGAAGAUCUCGUUCUUAAUUAUGUUGCAUGUUUGACAAAGUGGGAAGUUUUUAGUGAGGAAGAUAAAGACACGUGUGAAAAGGAACCAGCAACCGCUCUUCUAUGGGCAUAUUAUUUUCUAGCACAACAUUACGAUUAUCUAGGUUGUACAGAAAAAGCACUUAAAUAUAUAAAUACCGCAAUCGAACAUACCCCAACCUUAAUUGAAUUAUUUGUAGUUAAAGCCAGAAUAUAUAAACAUGCAGGAAACAUUCAGGAAGCGGUUAAGUGUUUAGAUGAAGCUCAGGCACUGGAUACAGCCGAUCGUUACAUAAAUUCCAAGUGUGCCAAGUACAUGUUGAGAGCUAAUAUGGUCAAAGAAGCAGAAGAAAUGUGUUCAAAGUUCACAAGGGAGGGUGUUUCUGCAAUGGAAAACUUGAACGAAAUGCAAUGUAUGUGGUUUCAGACAGAAUGUGCUCAGGCGUAUCAGAGGUUAGAAAGAUGGGGAGAUUCCUUAAAAAAAUGCCACGAAAUUGACAGGCAUUUUUCAGAGAUCAUAGAAGAUCAGUUUGAUUUUCAUACAUAUUGUAUGAGGAAAAUGACAUUAAGAGCAUAUGUAGGAUUGCUUAGGCUAGAAGACGUCCUCCGUGCUCAUCCCUUUUAUUUUAAAGCAGCAAAAGUUUCUAUCGAGGUUGGCGUUCAAGUUGGGGAACUGCCUGAAGCCCGGCAGGCCGUCGAAGAAGGAAACUCUGCGAACAUGGCACCUUCGGAGCUGAAAAAGUUACGAAACAAACAGCGAAAGGCCAGGAAAAAAGCUGAACUCGAGAAAGAGAAACAGACGGCCGCUCAAGAGAAAAGGGAACAGCAUAUUAAGUCACGACAGCAGCAGGACGGAGAAAUAGACGGGGUGAAAGAAGAAGAAUUAAUCCCCGAAAAAUUAGCCAGAGUGGAGGAUCCGCUAGAACAGUCGAUUAAGUUCUUAAAGCCGCUUCAGCUCCUGGCUUCAGAUAAGCUCGAAACUCAUCUGUUAGCAUUCGAAAUAUACUAUCGCAAAGAUAAACCGUUAUUAAUGUUACAGUCGAUAAAAAGAGCCUGGUCACUUGAUCCUACACAUCCUAAUGUGCAUUGUAAUUUAGUGCGCUUCCACGCUAGAGUAUCGCAAAAAGUAGGUUUGCCCGAACCAGUCAGUACCGUCCUAAAGCAGGAAAUAGAAAAAAUCUAUGGAAAGAAAGAUGCUUGUCAACUGAACGAAGAUUUUCUUACAAAACAUGCAAAUUCCUUGCCUCAUAUAUUAGAAGGAGCAAGAAUGUUAUAUUUUCUUGAUAACUCAUCUCAAGAAAAAGCUGUGAAAUUAGCAACAAACUUAAACAAUCAAAUGGAAUCUGUCGGAAUAAAGGUAUGUACCGAAGUGUUAAAUUCGCUAAGGAGAGGCGAUCUCGGUAAUUGUACCGACGAAGAAAUUAGGAAAUACAUGAAUAAGUGUCACGAACUCUUCACAAAUGCCUCUGCUUUCCAAAUUCAGCCCUCUUCGGUAGAAAAGGACGAAACCGAUAAAGUCGCAAGUUCUCCCGAAACUCCCACCACCAAUCACGUGGACGGGCUAUCGAAAGAGGAAUGAUGAUUCCUUUAAUCUAAAUCAAUUGUUUUCUUCCAAUUAUCAUAUUUGUCUCAAAAUGAACACAGGACACUCCCAGCUGUCGUUCCUCAAAUCUCCCAAUAUGACUGUUGUGUUGAAUGAUAUUGAGGUUAAACAGCUAAAAGUGAAAAUGUUGAUUUAUUUGUUGCCUAGAGAGUGUUGGACAAUUUUUGAACUCUGAUCUAGUUCGAGAAUGACAAUAGUGACGUGUGAUCGAUUAUUAAUUAUAAUAAUUAUUAUUUUAAAAAUUUUUUUCCUUGUUUUGUUUUUCAUCCAGACAUUGAAAAAUAUAAAAAAAAAAAGAGACAUUUAUGGAGUUCGUAAAAUAAACAUAUACCUUGUAUCAGUUACCGAGCAACUUCGAAGAGGAAACUAAUCUUUGCUAUUUAACUUACUUGUGCUGUCGAAUUUUACAUAGUUUUGGACAUAUGGAGUGAACUCUUGGAAAAUCAAUUUGUUCCUUUUCGUGCAACAAAAUGUUUCUACACUCAAAAGGAUCUUAAGAAUAUUCCAAGUACAAUCAAGCAGCAGCCAAAACAGCUCAUUUUUUUCUUAAACUAGUCUCUCUCUCUCUCGUAAAGAUUGACGAUAUAGACUUAAGACGAAAAUAAAAAUAAGUAAAUAAAUAAAAAUCAAUCAGAUAAGCACUUUAUUUGAAGAUAUAGUGGAUUUGUACUUGUCACGAUAGUUGCACAGGUUAGUUUAAAACUUAGAACAAAUAGUUUCCUACAGGAUCGUCGAUUUGCAAGAAUGUUAAAGAAAUCCUACCCCUUUGCAAAUUAGACAAAUAAUCCAAAAACAAAAAAAAAAGGCAAAAAAAAAAAAAAUAAUAAUAAUAAAUAAACAAACAAACAAUGUGAUUUUUCUAUUAUCUUUGAAGUCAUCAGUCAUUUUUAUUUUAUACCAGAUCAGCAAGGGAUGAUUGGUCUUAUUUCACAAUCCACUUGUUAUGAUCUAUAGGAAUGAUUACCCUAUAGAUAACUUGAACUCAUAAAAUUUGCUGCCUUAAAUUACUGUAGUAUGUAUGGAAAACAAAAAAAAAAAAAAAUCAAAUUCUGUUUGUUGUAUUGCUAAGAAUUAUCGUUUUUAGAACAAUUGUCAUAUGUCAAGAAUGAAAACUAACGAAAAAUAUCGCUCUUUGCAUGUGUGCGCGCGCGCUCAACUUUAAUUAUUCGAAUUGGCAUUUUAUUUUCUAUAAUGAUCGAUAUACAGAAACAAAAUUAAUUUAGUCAGUUACUUUGCUCCUUUUUUCGUUUUGUACUUUCAGAUUGUUACUUUAAUGUCAAAAAAACAAAUGAUAAUAAUAAUAAUAAGAAAAAAAAAUAAUAAUAAUAAUAAACUUUGCAAUUGUUUCCUUCUGAUAACUGAUGUAAGUAAAUUAAGAUAGUAUGUGUGCGCAUAUGUAUAAAAAUCUUUAAAAAAAAAAUGCAAAAUUGGGUUUGAAUGCGUUGUAAAGGAUGCUAAAUUAAAAUGUUUUGUCAAGG